GGCUGUUUUAGAUUGUAUACGAUACAAGCAUGGCGUCUUGAACCUUCAUGUUGUUCAGCAAGCUGUAACUAAAUUCGGUAUAUCGGAAUCAUGUCACAAUUUGGUGACAUACAUGAAGACAGUGACUAUGAAUGGAAGCCUCCUUCUGAAGCUGAGAUGAAGAUAAUUCGAGCUCGCCGUGAGCGAGACAACAAGAUCAGUCAGCGCAUGGGGGACUACUUACUGAAGGGCUACAAGAUGCUGGGAACUGUGUGUACCUGUGGGACUAUCCUCCUGCAGGACAAGCAGGGCAGCAACUACUGCAUCGCCUGCAGCGAGCUCGACUCGGAUGCUGAUAAAGACAACCCAGUGAGAAACCAAGCAGCGGCUCUGUCACAAGUGCGAGAACAACAGCUGUCAUCUGAGAGACUUGUCGGAGAGGAAUCUGUAGAACAGUCAGCGCCACCAUCAGGCCCAGGUGCCACUCCCGCUACUCACCCCACCCCUAUCACCCACAGUCACAACUCCGUGACAUCCACAGUUCCAAGUACUCUCAGGCUAACUAGUGGUAUGCAAGCAGUUAUCUCCCCUGUCGUACCAGAAUCUGUUGACAUUCUGCACAGAAAGCUGGCAUGGGCGUCCAAGGAGCUACAAGAGACUAGCAGUGUUGAAUAUAGCAUACAGUUGUGCCAACUUAUCAAACACUGUGCUGAUGCAAUCCACAGCUUGAAGUGUGUGGGGACUUGAGUAGAGCUUGUAAAUAGUCAUAUUCCUUUCAAUAAAUGUCAUAUUAUCCAUUUGAGACUGAGAUUUGAGAUUUGAGACACCAGAAGACUUUGGUGUGUGGAUCAUUAGGUACCUUGUGACCAGAACAGGUACAAUGCCUUGUGUUUUAUGUAACAUUAAAAACAUAACACUGAAAA